AUGCCCAAGAAUUUUAUUACUUCUUUGAUUCAAAAUAAAAUAAUUGAAAAAAUUGCUACUCCAGAUACACCAUCACCUAAUGCUGCAGCACAGUAUAAGAUAACAGAAGCUAUUACUAAAAUAAAUCAUGAAAUUAAAGAGUGUCAAAAAAUUUAUAACAAGACAACUGAUCAGGAGGCCAAAUUCAAAUUAAUAGAAUAUAUAUGUGACCUUAAGCAAACUCUUUAUACUGAAAGUGAAAAACUUCAAACCCUUAAAAAAAAGGCUAAAUAUCAACAGAAAUACUAUAAAAAAAAAGAAAAAAACUUACAAGAAAAUCAACAAAUUUAUAAAAGUAUAGAGUUUGGGGCUGUUGAUAACAAAAGGAGGAAAAAAACAAUAAAAGUUAGAAAUAUUAACCAUCUAUAUAAAAAAUUAGAACAAAAUUACAAUGAACAUCUCUCUUAUACUACUGUGGCAAGACAAUUUGUGACUCUGUUUCCAACCAUUUUGGUAAUUGUGUUUCAGAAUGACAAAGCCAAAAUUCCACUUGGUAUUCCUGCAAAACUUAUCUUAUCUAUAUAUCUUAUGAUUGAUUCAAAUGACACAAUUGACACUCUUAAAAGUGGCCAACUGUCAAUAUAUCUCUGUUCACAAUAUGAAACAGGAACAAGUACUAUAACGCAUAUGAGUGAUCUAUAUUUAUUAGUAAAUAAUAGCCAUUUUGACAAUAGGCUAAAGAUUGAUAAUGAAAUUAGAUCCAUCUGGGUUCUUAUUGUAAAUGAGGGCCCAGAUGAGAACCCCCAUCAUCUAAAAAAUAUUUACCAAUAUUGUAAAAUGUUUCAUUCUUUCAAUUUAGACUACUUAACUGUUAGGACCCAUGCUUUAGGUCAAUUAGUAUACAACUCUGUUGAAAAGAGUAUGACAUCACUUUCAAGUAAGCUUGUGGGUAUAGUUCUACCUGUUAACAAUUAUAGUUCCCAUCUUAAUUUACAAAGUAAAGUCAUUGAUUUGGAGCUUGUGAAAAAAAUUUUUAAAUAUGUGGGCGAUCUUCUUUGUGAUUUAUGA